CGUCACAAACGCGACAGAAACACACAGACAUGUCAGUGUAGAGCUAGCUAGUCAUAUGUCGACAUUACUGCCUGGGGCAAAAACGCCUGGAGAUACAGUCUAACAGAGCAUUGUAGGCUGUAGCUCUGUAUUUUUUGUAAAAUAUAGCUGUACGUGUGUGUGUGUUUACAUGGACGAAUCCGGAUUGAAGUUUGCAGUCUCGACACCGUUGUAAGCUACCAUGGGUGCAUUAAGAUUCAGCACAGUGGGGAUGACAAUGAACGCAAUUGGUAAAAUUGCACUGGCAGCAUGCUUCUCCAUGGUGAUGCUGUACUUUGUAUUGUAUGUAGGACAGUUCUCCCUCACUCCUAGUACAGAUAUAAUUGUCUGUCCGUCAGAAAACAAAGACAUAUUUAUUAACAGUUUGGCUCCUCUUGCAGCGAAUAAUUCCGAAAGUAGGACAAAGCCGACAUCUGUACCAGUUGUGCCGGUCCACGCUAGUGACUGGAAUGAGAAUCGCCCUACUUACGAUUUGAACCGGUCUGUCGUCCAGACUGAUUGGUUCACCGCAGCUUCGUUCCUAGAACUUGACUUUCGUCGGAGACCGAGAGAAUACCUAUGUCAAAAUUCCAGUAUGAUGGGUAACUGGUAUGUGUGUUUGGACGGAAAGUUCUUCCCAGACGACCCCUGCCUCGUAUACUCCUUCGGGAUUGGGAAUGAUUUUUCAUUCGACGACGCUAUGGCCUAUCAAGGUUGUGAAGUGCACUCAUUUGACCCCAGCAUGGGAGUAAAGGACUAUAUCAGGAAUUCUACGGUGCAUUUCCAUGACAUUGGUCUAGGUGGCACGGUCAUUGAGAACUUUGACGCGCGAAAGGAUAUGUAUGUACGGGAAAAACAGACCUGGACAAUUAUGACGUUAGGAUCAAUUAUGGCGGCUUUAGGACAUAAGGAUCGGGACAUAGAUGUCUUGAAAAUAGAUGUUGAGGGACACGAAUGGGCUGUAAUUGAGUAUCUCAUACAGGGUGGAUUUUUACCCAGGAUCAAACAGUUUUCUUUGGAGUACCACUUGUUUCCCGAUUGGCCUAAAAAAUCGGAAUAUCCAAAAUUAUUAAAUAUCUAUAAGCAACUAAGCGCCAGUGGUUUCAAGAAAUUCAUGACGGGACUACAUCCUUUAAAUCAUAAACCAGAGUCUUUCAACAUUCAAGCGGAUGUCGGUUACGUAAAUAUGCUUUAUAAACCAAAGAGGGAACCGUCGUCAUGAAAUUGUUUCUCAGUCAUUCCAUAUGUUUGCCAAUCCGAUUCCAAUAACAUGCGUUUGAAUCGAUGUGUCGUCUUUCCUAAGAAAACUCCUAGACUUCAGCAAGUUGACUUAUAGAUCUACAGAGUAUAAACUAUUAUAUUAUCAAUAGGGAUAAUAUGAUUUAAAAUACGUAUGUUUUAAAUAACUCGCAGUCACUGUAGUCCCAAGCCUUCGGAAUUGAGCUUAGCCCGAAGGCUCGGAUCUACAUUGACUGUUAACACAGGAACAUAGUCAUAUCUAGUCGUAUUACUUCAAAAUUAUUCAAUAAUGAUAUGUCCAUGAUUACACUAUUUAAUUUUAAUGGAAGCAAACCUUUUCUUUUGGAAAAAGAUGAAAAAGUAUUAUAUAUAUAUAUAUGUUUUGGGCAAUUCAGAGGCAUGUAAAAAUAUGCCAGAAAAUGUCGGGUUUCUAUUAUAGUUUCAAACACCCUUUUUUUCUAUAAUAUUAGUAGUAGCAUUGCUGAAUUCUAGGACUGUUAUAGGAUACCCGUACCUCUGUCAAAAGUAUAACUUCGCAUUAUAAACAGUGUUUUUUCCGGCCUGGCUAUGUCAUUGAUUCAUUAAUUAUUGAAAAUAAAACCAUACCUUGCCGGACUGUUAUGAAUAUCUAUUAAUUGAAGUUAUUUAAACAAAUCGUGUCGAACAGUAGUGUUCCGAGAGUAGAAUAAUCAGCGAAACUAGACCGGCAUUUGAACCCUGGACCUGAGUUUGUUAAACUGUCACUCUAACCGACUGAGCUUCCUGGUCAACUAAAGUGUCUUGGCCAAAAUGUAUGUGAAUUAUAUCCAAAACAAAAUUAAGGGGAGGUACGUGUGUAUUCGAAAAGCCAGAAUGCAUUUGGACAAGGAUCCUUAUCGGGAAGAACUCCGUCGAUUCAAGCGCAUGCACAGAUAUCUAUUUUACACAGCAGUCUAUGUAUACAUAUAAAAUGUUUUAAUAUUGACGUUUAUUGAUGAUCGUUACGAAUAUUCCUAGUCAUGUAUUUGAAAAUUGAGUAAAAUGUAUAUAAAUACGUCAUUUGAAGGAUUGUUUAGUGAGGAAUACCCUGUAACAAACGUGUAUAUAUCAUUAUUUACAUGUUACUUAUUCUUGCCAUGACAUUAUUUUCUAUGAAGUAUUCUUUACAUUUCAUUUUAAAAAUCAUUUACCUUUUUAUGUGUGCUGUGCUGACAUUAGUUUUAAAGUCUUAUAAUAAUUAAGAAUGUGGAUUAUUUGCGGAUUUAAGAGAGUAUUUUAGAGAUUCAUUUAUUGACAUUUUUUCUUUACCGACAACUGGCAUGUUAAAACAGUGUAACAUGAUUCUUUGGGUAUUUCACAGCCGACCCGAUAUUCUUUAUCUUUAAAAAAACGCAGCAUUAAAUAUCAGUAUAUGUUCUGGUGCCUAAACAAGUUAAUUUGUAACAUUGCUGACAAAUUAUCAUGGGAUCAGAAAGGUAUUUCUAAGCAUUGGGAUAUUGCUCAGUUACACGAUUGCGAAUAAGAAAUGACUUUCUCACUUCAAUUAAGAAUGGGGUUAAAGCACAUUGUCAUGAUUUGAGCACGAGAACAGAUCUUUGUAAAAAAAA